GCCUUCUUAUUUGGACGGACGUCCCGCCCUCUGGCUGUUUCCUGGCCGAGGUGGGUCGGUAGUAGCGAUGGCGGGUCUGACUGACUUGCAGCGGCUACAGGCCCGAGUGGAAGAGCUGGAGCGCUGGGUGUACGGGCCGGGCGGGGCGCGCGGCUCGCGGAAGGUGGCUGACGGCCUGGUCAAGGUGCAGGUGGCUUUGGGGAACAUUUCCAGCAAGAGGGAGAGGGUGAAGAUUCUCUACAAAAAGAUUGAAGAUCUGAUCAAGUACCUGGAUCCUGAGUACAUCGACCGCAUUGCCAUACCUGAUGCCUCUAAGCUGCAAUUCAUCCUAGCAGAGGAGCAGUUUAUCCUUUCCCAGGUUGCACUCCUGGAGCAGGUGAAUGCCUUGGUGCCCAUGCUGGACAGUGCUCACAUCAAAGCUGUUCCUGAGCAUGCUGCCCGCCUGCAGCGCUUGGCCCAGAUCCACAUUCAGCAGCAGGACCAGUGUGUGGAGAUCACUGAGGAGUCCAAGGCUCUCCUGGAGGAAUACAACAAGACUACACUGCUUCUCUCCAAGCAAUUCGUGCAGUGGGAUGAGCUACUUUACCAGCUAGAGGCCGCCACGCAAGUGAAGCCAGCAGAGGAGUGAUAGCUGCUCCCCAUCCCAAAGUGGGCCUGGGCAGUCAGACUCCAGGGCCCUAUGCCAACCUGCCUUUGUUACAAGGCAGAGGAAGUUUUGUAUUUAUUGGCUUCAAGGCCCACCUCUCUGUACUCUGGGCUCUAAAGUUGGAGGUCAGGUUACCUGAGGUUUGCAAUUUGCAACACCCACCCUCCCCACAAUCAGUGUUCUUAUUUCAGUGACAAUAAACCAUAGAGAUGACUGGA